AACAAGCAAAGUUUUCCAUCAUUGGAGAAGCUACAUCUAGAAACAAUGUCAGGACUGGAAGAAUGGUGUGGUGCUGAUGACUGUGUUUUGCCUUCUCUUCGUGAGCUUGUUAUCAAGGACUGUUUUGCUCUUGACCAAUUAAAGCACAAAUUUCCUGCUUUGACGAUGUUGGUGAUAGAAGCAUCCCGAAGUUUUGCUGGCCUAUCUGAAUUCCCAGCACUCAAAUCACUAGAAGUGAAGACUACUGAUGACUGGAUUUGGAGUUCCUGGUCUGUUGUUUCCUUGCUCCCCUCCCUGACUCUCAGUGGACUGCAACGGAGAACCUUUCCUUUCAAUAUACAAGGUUCCCAUGCUUUGAUCCGUCGAUUGGAAAUUAGUCACUGCAAUCAAUUGUUAUCAUUACCGGAUGAUUGGCUCCCGACCGGCCUGUUGUACUUGGCCAUCAAGCACUGCCCUGAGCUCCAUACUCUUCCCAAAGGACUGCCAAAACUAAUAAAGUUAGAGGACUUGGAGAUCGAAAACUGCAGGCAUCUCAUGUAUUUACCAGUUGGCCUCAGAAACAUGGCCUCGCUUGCACGUCUUGAGAUCUCAGACUGUCCUGGCCUCUUGUGCUUGCCAAAUGAUGGUUUUCCAAGCAAACUUCAAUUUUUGAGCAUCAGUAACUGCCCGGAGCUCAGGCUACAAUGCCUUGGGAUGGGUGAUCAAGGCUGGUACACUCUUCAGCACAAUCUGCAGGUGUGGAUAGAUGGAGAACUACAAACUUCCUUGGUUCAUCACUACCCUCAAUUCACACAAGCACUAAAAAUAUCAAGGUAAGCUGCACCUUAACUCUAC